UUUUUCUGGUUCACGAACACGGCUAUUUAUUUGGGCUUUUUGUAUUUAUUAAUUUAUUAAUACUGUUUAUUUUCUUUUUAGAUAAAAAAAAUAUUGUUUAUUUUGUUUUUAGACAAAGAACGCCGUUCCCCUCGAGAGCCAUAAUUUUUCUAAGGUUUCCUCUCAUAUUAUCAACCCUCAUAGACACUUUAAAUCAUGCAAACAUCUUUCUAAUAUGACCUUGCCAACAAUAGCGCCGGCGAAGAAGAGGAUUUAUUCGAAACUCGUACAACUGGUUACUCGCGGCUGGAGAAAAUUUUUAAAAAGAUCCUUUUGUUUCUAUGAGACAGAAACAAAAUUAGAUAAGCACACUUUUUUUUAAAAUCGCGUUCAGCGUUUUUCAUUAUCGUUCAGGUAUCUUGAUUUUGCUAAAAUCAAGUUUUGCAAUCGGAAAUUGCGCGCGAGUAACUUGUCAAACCAAGAAAAAUAAUGACGUCACACAGUGUGACGUAACAAAGCCUUUUCCUGAUUCGGAGCACGCUUCAGUCGUGUACCUACGGCAACUGCAAGUACGCAUCAAAAUGACUAGAAUAUACAUCAUUUUUUGCCUUUCGCUACUUCUCUUAUUUAAUAUUACGGUUGUACAAGGCUCUGAAAAGGAGGAUCACUUAACAUUGCCAGAAUCAGAUCAACAUAAAAGUAAAGCUUUAUCCCUUCAUGAGCUGAUCGUCAAGCAAACUCAUUUUGGCAAGAAGCUGGGCCAACUCGUUGAGGAGUUUGUAGAGUUGAGGCAUCAGCUACAUAGUGCGAUUGGGAACCACGAUUCCACCACGAAAGCCAAACACGGUAGCGGAGAGAGUGGUCAAAACUCUGAUGAUAGUGAAGAGUGCGCGCCGCCAUAUUGCCGAAGCAAGAUCCAUGAGCGCCGAAAUGACGAGCACGUUGGCGAGACCAGUCAUAGCAUUCAAGACUUCAAAGAGCCCGGAGAUGUAAAACACCAUGAAGCAAAGCACAUUUCUCUUCUUCAUAAUGACUUUGGUGAGCCUCGACAUGUUGAGAGCACCGUGAGGCCACCCAGAGACGAGCGCGCUGGAGAAGGGAGUGGAGACCAUUCAAAAGACGUCAAUAAACAAUAUGAAACAAGUGCAGAUCACUCGGGUGAUAGCAAACAUCACGAUGAAAGUGGCGAAGAGGACUUCAGCAUUUCUGAAGACAAAACGCAUAAAGGCGAUGCCAAGGAGCUUUUGUCAGUAAAGCUUAUAAAAGACUUUGAGAUCAUUGAAGACACAGAAGAGAAGGUAUCUGUCCAAAAUGGUACCCAUGCAACUCCCAGUUCAGCGUCAAUUUCCCCGGAAUACCAGAAAAGUCGCAUGAAGCGGGAGCACCUGCAGGCUACUUCAGAUCUACAGAUGUCGACCAGUGCAUUAUCUAGUGGCAGCUGUGGCUCGCUUGCGAAUGGUGCGUUUUCAUACGACAAGACUGAGUGUCGGCUAUGCCAGUGCGUGGACGGUGUGAUGAAGUGUGAGCCCAGGCCUGUCGGAUGCCGAGUGGACAGUCAAGAUAACAUGUGUCACCUGGAGAAUGGAGAGGCUUACGCCGAGGGCAGCAAACACUUUGAUGGAUGUAAUAAUUGCAUCUGCAGAAAACGCGAAUGGGUGUGCACCAGGCUACGCUGCUAUUUCGCCGACUUCAACUAUACCCACUACAAUCGAGUGCCGGACCACCAGCCAGGACAGAGCCGUCCAGUAGACACAUGCAUGGAGUGUGACAAGGAACCUGUCACGCCGGUAUGCGGCCCUGAUUGGACAACGUACAGGUCACUCUGUCACGCAAGGUUCUGUGGGAAUUAUGACAUUGAUGAGAUCGUGCAAGGCCCUUGCCAGAACAUCGAACCUUGUCAGGAGUCAGACUGUGGCGAGAAUGAGGUGUGUGUACCAUUCCCUCGCGGCCCGUGCCUCAUCGCCAAGACUCGGGACGGCAAGAUGGACGUCAAGUGUAAACAAUACCAGUGUGUGCCUAUUGAUCAGACUUGUUCGGAGGACGUGUUGCCUAAAGACAUGGUGUGCGGUGAAGAUGGAGUGUCCUACCCUUCAGAAUGCGGGAUGAUCAAGCACUCCGUGACGUUUGCGUACCGCGGGCCUUGUCGAGAGACCUGCCAACAGGGGAACUCACAGGUGUGCAGCACAGAUGGCGUGACGUUACAGUCUCCAUGUCACGCAAGCCUAUUCCAUCGUCACGUAGACUACCCAGGAUCGUGUGAUGAGGCACCAGCCCAACCGGAAGUGGUGCGUGACAAGAAAGGCCAGUCUGUGUUCCUUAACAGGCGUUGCAGUAAAGUGAUGGAGCUUGCGCGGUGCUAUUACCCUCUGUGUGACUUUACUGUGGUACCAGAAGGAAGCUGUUGUCCUGUGUGUGGUGUGGCCCUCAGUAUCCGUGUAGACCGAACCAUAGCGAGUGACAUCGUUUCCUUCUCGAUACUCAAGCCCACCGUCGAGUUUGACCGACUUGAGACGCUCCAAGACUAUCUGCGAACCAUUCAAGACCCUGAUCACCUUGACAAAUGCUCUAUGACGAGUGAUUUCACAGAUCGCAAGGAUAUCUCGGUCCUGUUUGUACCGCGACAGAAGGGAUAUAUGGAGUACUGUGAGAAAGCCGCCCAGCACACUGUAAGCUACGUGAACAAUCACGCGAACUCGUCCAAACCCCUCGACGCGUUGAUGGCCGCGGCGGUGGCCGUUGAAGGAAAGUAUAGAAACGUUAAGAAGAGAGAUGUAGAAUAUUGGGACACUCGAAAAGGCAGACCGCGAGCUUUACGAGCGAGAUCCGUGUUGAGCAGCGCAAGUGAUUCAAAAGCUGCCCCGUUAGUAUUAUUUGUCUUAAUGUGCUCACUUUUCUGGGUUGCGAGUUGCUAGGUGUUGCUGCCUGUUAUCCUACAUAGCGAGUUGCUAUAUCUUGCUGCCUGAUAUCCUACAUAGCGAGUUGCUAUAUCUUGCUGCCUAGUAUCCUACAUAGCGAGUUGCUAUAUCUUGCUGCCUAGUAUCCUACAUAGCGAGUUGCUAUAUCUUGCUGCCUAGUAUCCUACAUAGCGAGUUGCUAGAUAUUGCUGCUUAUCAUUCUUUCUGGAUAGCGAGUUGCUAUAUCUUGCUGCCUAGUAUCCUACAUAGCGAGUUGCUAUAUCUUGCUGCCUAGUAUCCUACAUAGCGAGUUGCUAUAUCUUGCUGCUUAUCAUUCUUUCUGGAUAGCGAGUUGCUAUAUCUUGCUGCCUAGUAUCCUACAUAGCGAGUUGCUAUAUCUUGCUGCCUAGUAUCCUACAUAGCGAGUUGCUAUAUCUUGCUGCCUAGUAUCCUACAUAGCGAGUUGCUAUAUCUUGCUGCCUGAUAUCCUACAUAGCGAGUUGCUAUAUCUUGCUGCCUAGUAUCCUACAUAGCGAGUUGCUAUAUCUUGCUGUUCAUUAUUUCUCUGGAUAGCAAGUUGCAAGGUGUUGCUUUCUACAAUUCUACAAAGCAAGUUGCCAGGAUGUUGCAGCACCACGAAGAGUGUGUUAUCUCAAAGGUAGAUGCUAAUAUGCUGCUAAUAUACUUAGGCAGAUGUAGGGCGUUUCCUAAGACGGGAUACUUGCCGUAUGCUCAACUUUUCAUUAUAUUAUAAACACGCAAUUAGGUACGUUGAUCGUACUUUUCUCGGAAUGGUUAGACUCAGUUGGUUUAUGUUGUUACUGUAUUUAGCCGCCAUUUCAAGUGUUCGUGUGCGCGUUAGAAUGUUUAGAAUUUAAUUGAAAACGUUGGAAAUCUUAAUAUCUUAUUAACAGUAACCGUUUGAAGUUGUAAUACUAGAAAGCGUCUGCUAUGUGGACAUUUCUUUCAGAAAUCUUGUGACGAUUUGGCAUAUUGUUUACAACGUUGCUUACUUCGACUCGUUGUUGAUUGUAACAAUAUGAAAUAAAUCUGGAUUAUAUUAAA